CACGGUCUGCACCCGAGCCCCCUUCCCACGUACCGCAGCUUUCCUCGGGGGCAGCCCUGGCUCGGUGACUGGCGUGAAGGGCGUUCUGCUUGGCAGUGAAUCAGAGUUUGGCUGCAUCAUGGCAACUGCCAUCACUGAAAAGCUUAGCCGCCUUUUCAUUAACGUGCGGCAGGUCCCUCAGCUGCUGGCCCCGCUGUCUCCCUCCACCGUGAGCAGUUCAGAGGUGCCGAAGGUCUUCUGGAAGCCCUACAUCCACACUGGCUACAAGCCCACCAUGCCAACGCUCUUUCAGCAGCACAAUGAGGCCAUCAACGUCUGGACCCAUCUGGUGGCGACGUUGAUUCUGCUGCUGCGGUUCCAGCAGCUUUCGCAGCGGGUGGAUUUUGGGCAGGACCCUCAUGCCCAGCCCCUCCUCAUCAUCAUUGUGGCGUCCAUCACGUACCUGACGUUCAGCACCCUCGCUCAUCUUCUGCAGGCCAAAUCGGAGUUCUGGCACUACAGCUUCUUCUUCAUGGACUACGUGGGAGUAGCCAUUUAUCAGUAUGGCAGCGCCCUAGUGCAUUACUAUUAUGCCAUUGAGCCAAGCUGGCACGAAAAGAUCCAGGGGUUUUACAUGCCGGUGGCUGUCCUGUUAGCGUGGCUGUCCUGUGCGGGCUCCUGUUACGCUAAGUAUCAGUACCACCAGUCCACUCACUUCCUGAGCAGGCUCUGUCAGGAAAUGCCCUCUGGUCUGGCUUACAUGCUCGACAUUAGCCCUGUGAUUCACCGAAUCUAUACUGCCCAGGCCUCUGAGCACGCUGACCCAGCCCUAUUGUAUCACAAAUGCCAGGUGCUGUUUUUCCUCAUUGGUGCCUUUUUCUUCUCGCACCCUUACCCAGAGAAGUGGUUCCCUGGGAAAUGUCACUUUUUUGGGCAAGGCCAUCAGAUUUUUCAUGUGUUCCUGGUCCUCUGCACUCUGGCACAGAUUGAGGCAGUGGUGUUGGAUUACGAGUCCAGGCGGCAGAUCUAUUCUAAACUUCAGGGUGACUUAGCUCAUAACUUUUCUGCCCUGUGCCUUUUCACUGUAACCUGCUCUGUUCUCACAGCCACUUACAUGGCCAGGAAGGUGAAGAGCAAGCUGAGUUUCAAAGAAGAGUAAGAGCCCUGAAGGAGAGAAGCAUGGGAGCUCGCCUGUGGGCCUGAAUGCUUGGUCUAGAGGCAGCCGUGGCGAUGCCAUCAGAUGAAUCUGGCCACAAACUUCAAGAAGAGCUGUGAAAUGCUUUGCCAACUGCUGCUAGUCAGUGCUGUCUGCAGGGGUGAAGAUGUGAACUGUUGUUUAUGCUUUUUAAAAUUCAGAACUAGUUCCAACUUGUUCUUAAAAUGGUACACUGAUUUAAUUCAAAUGUCGGAAUAAACAGUUGGAACAAAAUGUUCUUUAUUAGUAAAGCAACUCUAUGCCUUAACAGCCGUGGGCUGGGGAAGUUUCUUGGAUGCUACCUGGUCUCAUAGCAAAAGGUAAGGAGAUGUGAUCUGGUAUUAGACGCAGUUAGCUGUGGCAGAGUCUAAGCCAUUAAAACAAACGUACCGCGUUGGGCCUGUAUGAAUCAUAAACAAACAAGGGUUUCAAACUUGCAUAAGAUCAGUUCAGGCUCAUUAAUACGGCUGAGGAAAUUUUAUAGUUAUCCAUACAGUGACAUGGCCCAGAGUGUGGGUAGGUAUGAGAAAGACAUAGUUAAUGUCCUUGCAACUGAAGUAAGUAAGAGCAGGGUGCUGAGCUCAGAGAAAGGAUGGUAGGAGAAACAGGGCCAAGGAAUGACUUGAUGGAGAGUGUGCCCCAGGGAAAUAAGAAGGACCACUGCAGGUCUCUGCAACCUCUGCCUUGGAAGAGUGCCUAUGAGCAGGCCCUGGUGUGCUGGCUACAAUGACAUGCAACCCCCAAAUCAAGGGCGGGCGAAGGUGGAGCGAGGACCUGCUGGGGCCCCCGGCUGCACCACACCUUCCACAGCUGCUGCUCAUGAGGACAAGUCUCU